GGUCAGGCCGGAUCCAGCCUGUGUCUCUCAGUCACACUAGGGCCCUGAGCCCCCAGAGCCUCCCCCCAGCCCGGGCCCUGCUCCGACUGCGCUCGCUGAAGGAGCGUCUCUGUCCUGCUGCGUGUGGCUGGGGGGGGCGGGGGGAGUGUGUGUCGGGCGGGGGGGGGGCUGGCGUGCUCUGAGAGGUUAGGUCGACAUAGCUGCAGUGCUGAGCUGUGAAAAAUCCCCCCCUCCCUGGGCUGCAGCUGCCCCCCCCCCCCACAGUGCAGAUGCAGCUGGGUGGUCCCGUCGUGGGGGGAGUUGGAACCCCUGUCGGGGGGCAUCGGCUGCGUCUGCCCUGCGGGGUUCGGCCAGCGCGUUCCAGGGCAUCGCUGGGCACCCAGCGUGCUGACGUGGGGGUCUCCGAGAGGAGCUCACGCCUGGUCCGGCUCACCACCAGCUUGCCAACCCGCCGCUGAGCUGCCCUGGGGCUGGGCGGGGCCAUGAAGGUUCCUGCUUAACCCCUCCCCCCCCGCAGCCCAGCCCUAGACAACGCUCCUGGAUGGGGUUCGGGGGCCAGGAACUCACCAGCUGUGCCCUAGUUCAUGGGCUGCCUCCCCGGCCCCACCUGGGGGUCAGGGCCCAGGGCGGAGCUGGUGAGUGCAGCCUGGAGCAGGGGCCUGGCCAUGGGGCGGGGCAGGGAACUGCCCCAGGGGGUCGGGCGCCAUUACCAGGGUUCUGCUGGGGGGACUCCGGCGGCAGGAUUGAGUCACAGAGCAAUAGGGGGCUGUCCGGCACGGCGCGAGCCGAGAAACCAGCGCUGAGCCAGGCGGGGUUUCCGCACAGGCAGCCGAAGCUGGGAGCAGCCCCCCCCCCCAUGUUUUCGGAGCAGGGACAAAGCUGCGGCGUUAUAAAGAGCAAACCCCAAGCUGGUGCAGCGGCUGCUGUUUGUCUGGGGGGCUCUGAGGGGUGGGGGCUGGUUGCACUCCCGAGAUGGGCAGCCGCGGCUGGGUCCGGGGAGCUCAGCAAAUCUGGCCCUUCGCCGCCAGGAGCCAAGCUGGGCCCGGCAUGGGGCACCCCUGGGGCACAGGCUGUAUGUGCCCCCCCCCCGGCGGGAGGAGGACCCUCGCUGCUCCCGUGGUGACCGUGUGAUGCCCGGGAAGGAGGCAGCGGCUGGAGCAGCCAGAGGCGCAGCCAGUCGCUGCUGGGACUCGGCCUGCCUGGGCUCCCGGCCCCGCUCUCCGGCCAGGUCAGAGUGCCAGGUGCCCGCCCCCAGCGCCGCCCGCGGGUGGGGCUCCUGCCAGCUGGGCGGCUUUGCUGGUGACAAACCCUGGCCCGUUGCCUUGGCGAUUUGCCCACAGUCGUCUCCUGCCCUUGGUGUUCUCUCCAGUUCCCGCAGGGGUGAUGGGGAGGCCCUGGUCAUGGACCCUCAGGGGAUGUCUCUGCCCCCUGCCCAGUCCUCUGCAGGGCACAGUCCGUCAGGGCUUAUUUCUCACCGUGCCAGACUCCAGCUAGGGCCCCUGCUCCCAGCAGCCGUGCACCCCCCCGUGCCCCCACUGCGACGGCCCCUAAUCAGCCGGACGCCUCCCGCCAAAGCCCCCUGCAGCCCCGCCUGUGGGGCCAGCUCAGGGCUAGUGGAAGUAGGUGCGUCCCGCGCUGAUCUUCCUGCCGUUAGCUGGGGCUGGGCCAGGGGAGAGCUUGGCCUCCAGGGAGGGUCAGGCCCCACAAGGAAAUUGCUUCCGCCAGCACUGGGUGGCUCCUAGGGACCCAUGCGGCCUGGGACGCUGUCAAUAGCUGGGGGCUGGGCCAGCGCCCUGGGGAUGGUGCCUAGUGCCACGUGAAAACGGCGUGUUUCACCCCUGAGCUGUGGCCACGGGCCGGGGGUGGCUUGGCCAUGGCUGAGCACUGGCCUGUGGCCAGGCAGGGCUGGGGGAGCUGUGCAAGGGGUGGGUGCAGAGGGGGGCCACGUGUCCCACUAGUGACCCCUCCUGGCUGAGGCAGGAGCAGUGGGGAGCCCCCACCCUGCCAUGGCCCAUCUGGAUGCAGCGGGGAUGCCUGGAGAGGGGGAUAACGGGCUUGCCCCAUGCCAUGGGACUGAGCAGCCUGUCCCUGGGGGCACCCCCCGCACCGCCCCCCAAGUGCCAUCCAGCUUGCAGCAAGGUGCCCAUGGCUGGGCACAGAUGCCAGCCUGGGGGUGGCAGCACGGAGGUUCUUGGCCUGAGCUGUGGCUGCCUCUCCCAGGCCACGGGGCCUGACCCACAGGCAGGGUGAGGACUGACAGGGCCCCAGGGCUGACCAGGGGCCUCCUUUGGGGCUGGAAAUGGGGGGUGCUGCCCCUGGCUUGGAGAAGUAAUAGACCAAAUCUGGGGUUUCCAUCACCAGUGGCCCUCCCCCCAUAAAACAUGUUCCAGCAUCCCUGGGGGGCAGAUUUCCCCCCCGCGCUCUCCGCCUGCAGGGCCUGGCUCUCCGGGGGCUCGGAGGUGCACCGUGCCACGGACACGUGUGGCCACGCCGGCGCCUCUGACGUGCCAGGGACGGAUGCGGCUCGGCUGCCAGACCCCCUUUGUUGGGGCCGGGUAAUUAGCCUAAUGGGGCCCAGUCUCCCCCUCCUCCCCGCUGCUGACCUUCCGGCAGCUUUGUGCCGUGCGGGCCGGCGGAUUCCUUCGGAAGUUACAGGCUCAUUAGCGCCAGGCGACGCGGCCUGUCUCCAUCCCGCACGACCACCAGCCACUCGGCUCCGGCCGCCGCAUAAUGGGGAGCCACAAAUGAGGGAACGGGCCUCGCCCGUCUCCAAGCAACGGGGGACAAUGGGUGCGUGUCUCCCAGAGACUGGCCCGUCCUGCAGCCCCAGCCCCAGUGCUGGCAGCACCGUUGUGCGGGGGCUGGGGAGGGCAGGGGAUGAGUUUCGGGGCAGCCUGGCCCUAUAAAAGCCUGGGCUGCCGGGGAGAGCGGCUCAGGGCGUCACUGCUCCUCACCGGGUCAUGCCCAAGCUUCGCUCAGGUCCUCGCAGACACCUCGGACCCAUGGAGGUGCCCAACGCCAAGCUCCACAGGGCCUGCUGCCUCCUGGUCCUGGCGCUGCUCUGCUCUCUGGCUGCGGCCCGGCAGAGUGUGCCCACGUGCUGCCGCCAGAAGACCUGCCCCUGCCGUGUCUACGACCUGCUGCACGGCUUGGGCAACCACGCCGCCGGCAUCCUCACGCUGGGCAAGAGAAAGAGCGGCUCGCAGGCCUUCCAGAGCCAGCUCUACCGCCUGCUGCACGGCUCGGGCAAGCACGCCGCCGGCAUCCUCACCAUGGGCAAGCGGGCGGAGCUGGCGCCAGAGCAGCCAGCCUCGGCCUGCUGGGCCGUCUCCCCCCGGCCCUCCAGCACGGACGCCCUGCUGCCCCCAGCCACGUGUGCGGCCAACACCGCCCCCGCCAGCACCAGGGAGUGCCGGGGCCAGCUGGACAAGGACUCUGCCACGGGCCAGAGCGGGGCGGCUGCAAAGAGCUUUUCCUGAAGUGGCCGGGGGAGCAGCAGCCCGUGGGGGCAGGGGGGAUCCACGGGGAGACUGCGGGCACCACGGGUCGUUUACAAAUAAACCCCAGCCUGAGACUCA